UUGCAUUACACGCAGUAGAAAAGCGCAUAUGGAAGAAAGUUUGACUGAGAGAACCCAAAGUUUUGACGUUUGUGGCUACUUUCUACUGCCAAAAGAUUUGAUUUGACUCUCUGCUUGCUUCGAGGGAAAGCAAGAGUGGUGGACAAGCCUCUCUGCCUUCUCGCCGUUAAACAGAAACUGACGCCGUUUGCUCUUCCUGGUACAAGUAACGGCGGUAAGCACCAUCACCGCCGUUAAGAGGAACAAAACAAACAAAAAGAAUAAAAUAAAUAUAUACCUCUUAUUCUUCUCUUUAAACACUCACUGAAUCUUCAGUUUCUUUUGUUAAUUCCUCCAAGGAAACAAAAAAAAAAUGUACGAAGAUCAUCAAGUGGCGAAAUCAGGCAAAGAAGGAGGACACAUGGUUACUAAUUACUCCGACAACAUUUUCGGUUCGGCGUCUUCAUCUCCGACAGGAACAGUCCAAAACCCUGAUUUCAAACUUAGCACCUUCCUAAACCCUAACUUCUCCUACGUUAUCCCGAAGGAAGAGUAUGGGAUGAUGAGCAUGACUGAAAACGGGUCAGCUUGGUCGGGUAAUAACCCGGUUGAGGAUAGCGCAAUCGAACAACAGCUUCCUCCGGUUAAGAAGAAACGCUUACACAGACACAGUACUCAUCAGAUUCAAGAAAUGGAAGCAUUCUUCAAAGUAAAUCCUCAUCCGAAUGACGAUGACAAAACCAGAUUAAGUGAAGAACUUGGUCUCACGCCUCUACAAGUCAAGUUUUGGUUUCAAAAUCGACGUAACCAAAUAAAGGUUCAACAUCCUGCUCAUCUUGUGGCGGCUCUAGAGACAAACUCCACCUCGAAAACUAUCGCCUCCGCCAAGAGCUUGAUCGAUUACACAGCAUUGCCUCAUUGAUGAAUCCUUGUCUUCCUCCACCAGAAACAGCCUGUCUUUUUCCAGACAUGAAGGAUAACAUAACCAACAACUUGUUAAUUGCGAAAGAAGAUAAGGCGGUUGCAAUGGAUCUUGCGGUUUCUUGCGUUCAAGAGUUAGCGAAGAUGUGUGCCACAAAUGAGCCGCUGUGGAACAAGAAGGGGUCAGACAACGAGAUAAUCUCUCUU